AUGGAGGCAUUAACCAAGAGGAUAGAUCAAUUGAUGACUUCACAGUCAAAUUUUACUCCUCCUUCGACUAAUGCUCAAGGCUUUGAAGUGUGCUUUUUUUGUUCCGGUCCAACUCACCAUGUGUCCAUUUGUCCAAGUGCAGCUCAAUAUUUAGAAAUUCCACACGAGCAAGUUAACGUUUCCUAUGGAACCCCCAGAGGGAAUAAUAUGUAUUCAAACACUUACAAUCCGGCUUGGAGAAACCAUCUAAACUUUUCAUGGAGAAAUCCAGCCAUAGGGACAUCAGCUCCUACACCUCAAGUACCUCAGGUGCAAGGUAAUUUUCAAUCUCAAGUUCAGACUUUAAAUCCUCCUGGAUUCACUCCUAUGAAUGCCUUCAGUCAACCUCAACAAUUCUUAUUAAUGCUCGAGGCAAUGAUAGCAAAGCAGUUAGAGCCAACUAAUCAACUUGUGCAGUCUCAUUCUCAAUCCCUUGCCAAGUUAGAGACUCAAGUUGGCCAACUAGCUCAAGCCUUGAAUAGAAGAAAAGAUGGCAAGCUUCCUAGUCAACCAGUAGCUAAUCCAAGAGGUGUGCAUAUAAUUGAUGACAUUACUGGCCAAGAAGUUCACCAUGAACAAGUGCAAGCAAUUACUACUUUGAGAAGUGGUAAGAGAGUUGAAAACAAGGUGAAAGAAGAGGAAGCAAAGAAAGAUGAAAAUUGGAAGAAAAUAGUUGAAGAGAAAAAAGAGCGUAGUGAAAAAGUACAAGAAGUACCUCCACCUACUGAGCCAUCUAAUGAGCAGAGGCAUGUUGUUGUGCCAUUCCCUCAGAGACUACAAGAAACAUCAAAGGCAGCAAAACAAGCAAGUAAACUUCAGGAUAUAAUGGAGAUGUUCAAACAGAGGCGUUCAAAUAGUCAUGUUCCUAAGAAGGUGCUAUUAACUGAGCAAGUCAGUUCCAUAAUCCAGCAUUGCACUGCUCCAAAAUUCAAAGAUCUAGGCACUCCAACAAUUUCAUGCAUAAUAGGGAAUCAUCAAGUAAAGCGAGCUCUCCUAGAUUUGGGUGCAAGUGUAAACCUUCUUCCUUAUUCGGUUUACUUGCAACUCGGAUUAGGAGAAUUGAAGCCUACCUCCACUAUUCUCCAAUUGGCAGAUAGGUCAACCAAACAGCCUCGUGGUGUUAUCGAAGAUGUGAUCAUCAAAGUAGAUAAAUUCUACUUCCCAGUGGACUUUAUUGUGCUCGAUACCGAGCCAGUUCUGGAGCCAAGGAGGCACAUUCCAAUGAUCCUUGGUCGUCCUUUCCUUGCGACAGCAAAUGCAAGCAUAAAUUGCAGGAAUGGCGUCAUGGACUUAUCUUUUGGCAAUAUGAAGGUGCGCUUAAAUAUUUUCAAUGCCAGUAAUUGCCCUUCAGAUGAUAAGGAGUGUUUUUUUGUUGAUGCCAUCAAUGAAUGUGUUGAAGAGAUGGCUCCAUUUGCCUUGACAAAAGAUCCACUAGAAGCAUGCCUGUCUUACUUUGAUGCUGAGUCAUUUGAUGUUGAGAAAAAUAUUGAAGAGGUAAAUGUCAUUCUUAAUGGAGCCAAUAUGCAUAACAUUCCACCAUAG